AUGGCGGGCCUGAGCAGCGGCAGCAUCAUCGUGCUGGACGACGACGACGAGGACGAAGCCCCCGCGGCCCCCGCGGCCCCCGCGGCCCCCGCGGCCCUCGCCCCCCGCACCAACGGGGCCGCCCACCACGGGGGCGCCGGCGACGGCGGCCCCCGCAGGACCUACAAGCUGGAGAACGAGAAGCUGUUCGCCGAGUUCCUGGAGUUCUGCCGGGGCCAGACGGGCGAGCACCCGGAGGUGGUGCCCUUCCUGGCCGGCCGCUACGAGCGGGCCGGGCCCGACUUCCUGGCCUCGGCCGAGUUCCGCAACGUGCUGAGCCGCUGCCUGGCGCGGGCGCGGACCCGCCAGGCCAAGAAGCUCUACGUCUACAUCAACGAGCUGUGCACCGUCCUCAAGGCCCACUCGGCGCGGCGCAAGCUGCCCCUGCGGCCGGCGGCGGCGGCGGCCCCGGCCGCCCCGUCGUCGUCGUCGUCGUCCCCGCCGCCCCCGCCGCCCCCGGCCGCCUCCCCCGGGGGCCCGCCGCCGGGCCCGCGGCCCCGCGGCUCUCGGCGCCAGAUCCGCCGCCUGGAGCAGCUGCUGGCCCUCUACGUGGGCGAGAUCCGCCGGCUGCAGGAACGCGAGCUGGACCUGUCGGAGCUGGACAGCCCGGACUCCCCGUACCUGCAGGAGGGCCGGCUGAAGCGCAAGCUGCUGCGCCUCUUCGUGCGGCUCUGCCAGCUGAAGGCCUGCAGCGCCCUGACGGGCCGCGUCACCGAGCGCCGCAUCCCCUACCGCGGCACCCGCUACCCGGAGGUCAACCGCCGCGUCGAGCGGCUCAUCAACCGGCCCGGCCCGGACGCCUUCCCCGACUACGGCGACGUGCUGCGGGCCGUGCAGGCCGCCGCCGCCCGCCACCGCCUGGGCCUGGCCCGCCGGCAGCUGCGCCUCCUCGCCCAGGACGCCUUCCGCGACGUGGGCACCCGCCUGCAGGAGCGCCGCCACCUCGACCUCGUCUACAACUUCGGCUGUCACCUCACCGACGCCUACCGCCCCGGGUCGGACCCGGCGCUGACGGACCCGGCCCUGACGCGGCGGCUGCGGGAGAACCGGGCGGUGGCCCUGACCCGCCUCGACGAGGUCAUCGCCAAGUACGCGCUGCUGCAGGACGAGAGCGAGGAGGGCGAACGCCAGCGCCGCCGGGCACGCGCCCCCGGCCCCGACCCCCGGCCCGACCCCGGCCCCGACCCCGGCCCCGCCACCGGUCCCAGUGGGGAAGCCCCCUCGGCCGGCCCGGCCCCCUCCCGCCCCCCGGCCCCGGCCGACCCCGCGGACCCCUCGGGGGCCCGCGAGGCGGAAGAGGAGGACGACGAGGAGGAGGAGGAGGAGGAAGAGGAGGAGGACGAGGAGGAGGAGGAGGACGACGACGAGGAGGAGGAGGAGUCUGAGACGGAGGAGGAGGAAGACGAAGAGGAGGAGGAGGAGGAGGAGGAAGAGGAGGGCGUGGAGCAGAGCCAGGAAGACGAAGAGGAGGCGGGAGAGCUGGACGAGGAGGAGCGGCGCCCGGACCCCCCCUUGCACCGGCCGGGGGACCCCGGCAGCGGCGCCUCGGCGGACCGGGACGACGGCGGGGACGGGGACGCCGACCGGGAGGACCGGGAGGAGGAGGAGGAGGGGGAGCCCCCGGCGGGCGGCGGCGACAGCCCGGCCUCCCAGCUCUUCGAGCUGGAGAUCGAGGCGCUGCCCCUGGACUCGGUGCCCUCCCCCGAGGACCCCUCGCCCCGCGGCCCCUCCCCGGGAGACGCCCCCGCCGCCCCCGCCCCCCGGAAGCGGCCCCUGGAGAACGGGGGCGCCGUCAGCUCCACCUCCCCCCCCGCCCCCAAGAGGGCCCGCCGGGCCGGACGCCCGGAGCUCGUCUCCCGCAGCACCGGCCGCGGCGCGGACGAGGCCGAAGACCGCCGGGCCGGGGGGCCCCGGGCCGGACCCCGGGACGCCGCCGCCGCCGACUCGUCCACCCGGGUGGACUCUCCCGGACACGGGCUGGUCACCAGCUCCCGCUCCAGCCCCCCGCCCCCACGGCCGCCCCGGCCCUCCCGGCCCCUGGCCCGCGUCGCCGACGCCUGCAAGAUGAGCGUGGCGACCCAGUGCGAUCCGGAAGAGAUCAUCGUCCUCUCCGACUCGGAUUAGCGGCCCCUGACCCCCCCGACCCCCGGCCGGACGGGGUGUGUGUGGGGGGGGAGGGGGCUCCCCUGCCCUCUGAUUUCUUUUAAAAAAAAAAAAAUAAUUUACAGCUUUUUACAAAAAGGAAAUAAAAAGAGAAUAAAACUUCUUUUCUUACAGGAGC